AUGAUCCGACAACCCAGCAGUGUGAUUAUCGCGGGCCCCUCGGGUAGUGGCAAGACAGAUUUGGUGGAACAAUGGUUACGGUACCUCAACGUGUUUCAAGUCAAACCCCGCAAGAUUGUGUAUGCCUAUGAUCGUUGGCAACCCCGGUUCGAGCGGAUGCAGCAAAAAGAUGGAAUUCAAUUUUAUCGCGGGUUACCGGACCCACGUCAUUUGACGCAAUGGUUUGGUCGAACGCGCGGCGGGGUGUUGGUCUUGGACGACCUGAUGGAAGAAGGGGGACAAGACAAGCGCGUGUUGGAUUUGUUCACCAAAGAUUCGCAUCAUCGCAACAUCACGGUGUUGUAUUUGACGCAAGAUUUAUUCCCGCCUGGCAAAUUUUCCAAGACCAUUAAUCGCAACGCACAUUACAUUGUGGCCUUCAAAAACCCUCGGGAUCAAACAGGCAUUCGGACCAUUUUAUUGCAAGCCUUUCCGGAUCGGUGGCGUCAAGUGUUGCGCCUAUUUAAACGCAUCACGGCUCGACCUUUUGGCUAUUUGAUGUUGGAUGUGCAUCCAGCCUCGGAUGAUCGCUACCGCCUGUGGAGUCAUUUAACGCCCCGAGAAGGCAAGGCCCAAGUCCACACUUUGCGUGCGGAUGUCCCUGCCGUUCGAAAACGAACUGCAACGCGAACUCGCCAGGGUUCGUCGGCAAAGAGAAGGCGGACAACAUACUGAGUUAGCCGCUCGCAUGGACCCACCACCGACCCUGUCGCCCGCGGGUGUGGGCUCCCCUUCGGUCCUUCGGGAUCUCAGCAGCAUGACGGACAUGGUGGCCGAAUUGUCUCGACCCGUGGAUCGGGACCAAUUGAAUCAAGACAUUGAGGAUUUUAAUUUGACCUACCCGGUCAAUGUGGAUGAUGCCUUGAAUGCCUUCACGCUCCCGCCCGUGGCAGGCACUGGCACGGCCCCCGCCACCACCACCACCACAGCCCCCAUCACUACCACGGCUGCCCCAACCCGUCCCACCACAUCGACCCGAACUCGUCCCACCACGACUACUACCACCAGUCGACCACGACCCGUCACGACCGCCACGACCACCACCGCCCCCUCCCGUCCCUCCACCAGCCGCCGCAGUGCAGGGGCAGGGACCAGGACCACUACCUCGACCGUGACGACCCCCACGGGACGCCCCACCAUCGCCGCCAAACAACCGCGACGGCGCCCCAGGGUGCCCUCCCCACCAUCCCCCGGUUCGUCCCCUCCGUCCGAUGAUGAGGAUGGCGAUGAUGAUGAUGACGAUCGACGGCGAGGAUUAAGGCGACGGUUGGAUUUGCUCAAUGAAGAUGCUCAAGAACGGGCACGAGGUCGACGGAUUCGCAACAUCACGCACACCAAUACGGUGACCACCGUGUAUGAAGAGGGGGGUCGUCCCUCGGUGCGCCGCACAUCCACCCGAACCUCCAGCCCAAGUCCACCCCGACCACCACGCCGAGGACGGGGCCGUGGCCGAGCACGCGGACGGGGCCGAGCCCGUGGACGAGGUCGUAGUAUAUAAAAACAGGGACCUCCCUUCCAUCGUCCCAAAAAUGUGUGGCUGUUGUCGACACGCGAUGGCUCCUAGGCGCAAACGCAAACGCACCACGACUCGACGAUCAUCACGUCGACGGAGGAUCAAGGGUGGGAAGGCGCCGUUUGUUGUGGAUGUCAAAAAAGGCUUUAAGUUGUUGACAGACCCAGCUAUGUGGAAGAUUCCUUCUAAAGCCGACGUCAAGGCGGACAAACAACGAGUGGCCAAUUACAAACGCCAGUAUCGCGCGAGUGGCAGCAAGGACUCGUACAACAAGUGGUUGGUCAAGAAGGGGUAUGCCAAAAAAGUGGGUGGGUGCAGUUUGAUGUGAAUGUAUAAAAAGAGACUCGCGGUGCUCCGCUCUCCAAACGAGUCGUCAUGGGACGGAAACGUAAACGCAGGACGACACGACGUCGACCGCGGCGUGUGACCUAUAGUCAAGUAGGAGGUGUCGCGCCUGGCCUGCCUAUAGGCAUUCUCAAAGCCGGUUAUGCUGGUACCAAAGCCAUCGGGGAGCAUCAAACCAAGCGUGCCAUCAAAAUUGGUGAAAAACGUCGACGGGAAGUGGCUUCAGGCAAACGGAAAAAAUAUGCGGGGGAAUCCUUUAAUUGUUCCAUCAUGUGAAAAUGUAUAAAAAGACCUUCGUGAGCCUGAACAGGGGUCAAUUAAAAGAUGGUCCGUGGACCCAACGGUCGCCGACAUCGUUAUGUCCCUCGAAAACGACGCCGCCGACGUGGACACCAACGUGGCGCUAAGCUACCGCUUUUGGCAAUGGCUCUCUCGCCUUUGUGGCUCAGGAAAUACAAACCCAGAAUCCGACUACGACGCCCAGACUAACCCUCAACGCCCUCAACGCAAAGCCGUCACGUUUGCGUUGGAUUGGGAUGACCAGUAUGACGCCGCUUUGUGUGCCCGGUGUCGACAUCACAUGCAACGGCAUUAUCAUGGCGAAUUGUGUGGUCGGUGUGGCGCCAUUUUUACCAUAAAUAGACCUUGGUCGUUGCCUGAACUCAAGAUUCAUCAUGGGGUGGCGCAUGGAACGUCAAGCCCCGUUCUUAAAAAGUGUCUUACAAGAAGCCAAUCAACACAAACGACAAGAAUUGUUGCGGAUGGCCAAUGCGGAUCAGAUCAAUGCUGUCAGUGAAUUGGUGAUGAAUACCCUCCGUGGUACAGUGCCCCGUUCCCGGCAGACCAUCACGUUACUCAAACCCCACGCCCAGAGUUUACGCGCUAUGGCUAAACCCGCCCAUUCUGUCAAACGCCGACGCGCUAUCAUGAUGGCUCAAAAAGGGGGUGCCCUCUGGCCGGAACUCUACCGAUGUUAUAAACGUUGCAUGCGCUAGACCCGACCCCUCAGUUGCACUAUGGAACCCGAGAUGGUCAGCACCACGGUGAACAACGCCCCGGCUUUUUUGCAAUUACGAGACCAGUACAAACAAGAAUUGGUGGAAGACACUCGCUUGACCAAAGCCGCCGAUUUGGCCGCCAAACAACAUGUACUUCUGACCAGUGAUGCCCCCGAUGCUUGGAAACGGCCUCAACUCAAAGCCGUCAGCCGUCAAUUACGCCAUUGGACUAAAAAAGUGCGCCAACCCUUUGGAGCCGCUGCUGGGGGUGUGACUGCUGCCGGGGCCACCACCCCGGGCGACGAUGAUUUUGAGGCGGGUCCCAUGCAAGCCUGGUUCACGCAAUUGGUCAAGGCCACCCAGGGUAUAAAACAAGGCACCCCGACUGGUGGACCCAGAAAACCCCCUGUCCCGCCUAAACCAAGGUUCACGCCCAGUGCCAAAAAGAAACUCAAGUUUACGACCCCGUUGAGCAGUGAAGAAUUGGCGGAAGAGUUGCCCUUUUCCGAGGCGCCUGGAACAGCACCGUGGGAAACCCCUAAAGAACGUGCAGACACCAUUACGCAAUCAUUCAAGCGCGGGAUUCGCAAAAGAGCCGCGGACAGUGCUAAAAAGAAAGCUGCGGGCGUCGCCAAAAAGAAAGCCGCUGGUUGGGCCAAAAAAGCCUUGGAUUGGAAAUCGUGGAAAACCCCCUAA